CCCUCGUUCUGCCCAAUCAGGUUGCGCGCAAGGGAGCAGCGCGCGCGCGAGGUGAUUGGCCAGUUUGGAACUGAGGCAGAAAUUUGAAAUUAACGUCGGAGAGAGGCAGGAGCAGAAGCACGGCUCCGGUUUGAGGUAUCUGCUCCAGGUCUCCAGAUUAAAAUGGCUGAAGAUAUAUAUUCUUUCGAUGUUCCUGAAUGUUCAAACUUUAAAGACAUGAACGAUAAUGAUGGUGUUGAUGCUUGGUUUGAUCUUAGGAUGCCAAAGCUGUCUACUCCCAAAGGAGCAUUCAUGCAGAAAACCUCGGCAUCAAGGACUAAGCUCCCACAUGCCUUCAUCACGCCGAUCAUGAAAGCCAAUGAUCAAUGCACUGAAACUGUGACAGAGCAGACGGUCAGUCACAAUGAGGAGGCAACACCAGCUUCUGGCAAGACAUCAGGAAGAGCGGCAAGGAGGGUCUCAGCUCGACGGAAGAGUGCCCAGCGAAGAAUCAUGGCCAAAUGCCAGGCGGAGAGAAAUGCUGCUGUCUUGGCCAGCAAGCAAGAAUCUCCUCCUCCAAAGAAACAAAGAUUCUGUAUCAGAGGUCCUAUGAAGCCAUGUGCACCUCCCCGCACACUGAGAUCUGCUCAGCGGGAGAAGCUGUGUGAAAUACCCUUGAACAGGUAUGUCACUCCAGCGAAGGCCAAAGUUCCAGUCGCAUCUGCAACGCCAAAGAGGAGGAAUCCCUCUGUCAAGGGAAAGACCACAGAGGAGCUAGAGGUGGAAAAGAUGCAAAAACUACAGCAAGAAGUGGUUGAGCUGCGCAGGAAGAAUGAGGAGUCUCUUAAAGCAGCCAUCGCUGGACCAGGUCAACCUAUGAAGAUGGCGAUCCAUGUAACAAAGCCAGUAGACUUCCAUUUCUCCACAGAUGACAGGAUUAAACAGCACGGGGAAAACCAGCCUGCCUCAGAAUACAAGGAGGUGGACUUUGUGGCAGCCCUGAGGAAACACCCGCCGUCUCCGGCCCAAUUGCCCAAAAGACCCACAAUCCCAAAGCCGUUCAAUCUCUCCCAGGGCAACAAAAGGAAGUUUGACGAAACCCAUGGAGAAUAUGUGUCCUUGGCUCAGCAAGUAGAAAACUUCCAGAAAAACACUCCCCCACGUUACCACCUAAGAAGCAGGAAAGUCAACGAAGGCACAAAUGAGAACAGACCUUUAAAACCCAAGUUGACAAUAGCAAAAACUCCCCGCCUUGAAACUAGGUCUCGUUCCAGGCCUGCUACCUGCAAGAGUACUGCUGAACUGGAGGCUGAGGAGAUUGCCAAGCUUCAGCAGUACAAGUUCAAAGCUCAGGAACUCAACCACCGGAUCUUGGAGGGAGGUCCCCUCUUGCCCAAGAAGCCACCAACGAAAGAACCCACCAAACCGAUUGGCUUCAACUUGGAGAUAGAGAAGCGCAUUCAGGACCGUGAGAACAAGAAACCGCAGGAGGAGGAACACUAUGAGUUCCACUCAAGGCCGUGCCCUAUUAAAAUCCUGGAGGAUGUGGUGGGUGUUCCAGAGAAGAAACAGGUUCCCGUCACAGUUCCCAUGUCUCCAGCUUUUGCCCUGAAGAACAGAGUUAAUGCCUUGGCAAGAGAAGAGAAAAAGAAGGAAGAAGUAGUUCCCGUGAUCAAAGCCAAGCCAGUGCCACACUUUUUGGUGCCCUUCAAGCCAAAGACCACAGAGCCAAGACAAGUGGAGAUUUGCCCCUUUUCCUUUGACUCCCGGGACAAAGAAAGGCUGCUCCAGAAAGAGAAAAAAAUUGAAGAGCUUCAGAAAGAAGAGGUCCCCAAGUUCAAAGCUCACCAGCUGCCUCAUUUUGAUCGCAUCACCUUGCCGGAGAAGAAGGUGAAGAGCCCCACCAAACCAGAGCCCUUCCAGCUAGAAAUUGAUAAACGAGGGGCCAUGUGGCAAGAAAUGUGGCAGCAACAGCUAAAGGAAGAAAUGAAGAGGCAGAAGGAGGCUGCCACUUUCAAGGCCCAGCCUAGUACUGUGCUCAAACAGGAGCCCUUUGUGCCAAAGAAGGACUGCAAGACCAUUUUAGAGGCUCUUUCUGAUUCUGCAGCUCCCGAGGGCUUUGAGCUGGCCACAGAGGAGCGCGCCCGAAAGCGGCAGGAGUAUGAGAAGGCCCAGGCCGAGAAGGAGGCCCUGAAGGCGCAGCUCCAAGAGGCAGCCAGGCGUGCUGAGGAGGAGCGCGAGAAAAAGGAGGUGGCCAGGCUCAGAGAAGAGAUGGUGCACAAAGCCAACCCCAUCCGCAAGUACCAGAGAGUGGAGGUCAAGGGCAGUGAUCUGCCACCGACAAUCCCUAAGUCUCCCAAGUUCUCUGACCGAUUCCAGCGUUGAUGAGACCCCCGUCCCCCCAAAGCCUAUCUACCCAAGAAGCAAGAGGACUUCCUUCCUUGGGCUGUUUUCUUAACUGGCCCCCUUCACAUAGACUUUUCCCCUCAAAACUGUCACUGGCCGGUUUUUGUUAUGGCUUCAUUUCCUGGACUAGACAGUAUUCUGACUAUGGUAAUUUCCAGACUCCAUUUUCAUUUUAGAGUGUCUCCAUCUUUUCAGAAAAGCCUGUUGUUAUUAUGUUGACUAUUGUAUACAAAAAUAAAGUGUUUUUACUGGG